AUGACUCAUGGAUAUGGUUUGAAGCUGGCGACCUUGGUGCUCUGCCUGCUCCAUUUCACUCCACCCAUCUACUCAGCCCCACUCUACUUCUACCUGGUAUCAUCAUUUACCCCUCCUGAUGCUAACUCCAACCUGCCAUUCAACCACAUCACCAUCAACAACAUCACCAGAGACGUCUAUAUCGGAGCACAGGAGAGACUCUAUCAACUCAACUCAGACCUUACUCUCAGACAUACCGUUGAUACAGGAUCAUGCCCUUCUCCAGAUGAAGAUAAUACCAACUAUAACAGGCUUCUGGUGGUAGCUCCAUCACCUGAGGAUAAACUGAUAACAUGUGGUGGAUGUGAUGGUUACUGUGAAACCAGAAGCUUGAACAAUAUAUCACACGAUGUAGUGAGAUAUGAUAGCAAGAAUGAGCAGCUUGUGGUGACCACAUCAGAUGCACCCAUUGUUGGAGCGGUAGCGUUAGGUGCUGACUAUCAAGGCAAUGGUGUUGGUACUGCAGAUGGUGGAUUGUACUUAUUUACAGGGAUCAGUGAUGCAACAAUUAUGAAUCCAUCUAUCUCAAAGCACAAUAUUGAUGACUUGAUUCACGGACAACGGGUAACAGAACCUUCACCCUUUUCCCCACACAAUAUUUUCAAACAUUUGAUUCCUUCCAUGGAAAACAUUUAUUAUUUAAUGUCUAGGGGAAACAGUCAGAAGAGUGCAUACUUGGGGCGACUGUGCCGUAAUUCAUUAGAUGAACAGUUAGCAUCCUACACAGAGAUAGAAAUACGGUGUGGAUCUCACAAUGAGAUCCAGUCAGGUCAUAUAGGAGCAGCAGGAUCCCAGCUAGCUGACUCAUUCAAUAUUAAUAGUACUGAAGAUCUUUUGUAUGCAAUAUUUGGAAGUGAUAUUUCAUCUGCUCUGUGCGUCUAUAAGAUGAGUGUUGUAGAGCAGAGUUUUGAUGCUGCUGCCAAGGGAUGUAGCCAAACAGGAGAUAACAGAGGAACGGUGAACAACUAUCUUCAAGAUAGUACAUGUAAUAGAGUAAGUGUAAAUGUCAAGCUGAAAAUCUUUAAAAUCAUUCUUACCAUAAUUCUUGUUGUUAAUGUUAUUAAAGGUAUUGUUUAA